ACACCAAUCGUUGCUUCAUAGAUUAAUACUGAUGAAAGACUUUUAUGAUUCGAUCAUGUUAUUGCUUUUUUUUUCUUGGUAAUCUACGUGGAAAAUUAUAUUAGACCAGAACCUGGACCGCACGUGCGGGACAUAUGGCGGUGCCCGUGCAACGAACUGGUACUAUAGAUAGCAAAACAGAAUUCGGGUAACAAACUGGUUUUUUAGAGCCUCUUCCUAAAUUCCCACCGCUCUGUCUUUUCGAAACCUCUCCAAACCCUAACCCUACGGAUUCACGAUGAUCGCUAAUCCUUUAAGUCUCUCCAAUUUUUGAUCGAGGUUCUCCCAAAUUUUAAUAUUCUUUUUUCGAUUUCUUCAUAUCAGAAUCUCAACCUUCGAAGUUGCCGAGUUUUUCUUUAAAGAUCGAUCAUUGGUUGGAUUGCUUCCUGAAGAUUUAUUUUUGGUUCGAGUUUUAGAAGACCUGGAUCGGCGGAGAAUUGAUUAAUUCGGAGCGAAAUUUUUAAUCGAAGAGUUCGCUUGAAUUUGAUGAUCUUUGACCAAGGGGCUUUUUCAUAAUUCCUUGUGAUUUGCCCUAAUAUAUUCCGAAACAUCUGGUUUCGCUGAUAAAUUUGAAAAUAUCUUUGAUUCCUUGAAUACAUCUGGAGAAACUCUCAAAAUUAAUUUCCUGAAGAGAGAGCUUCGGAUUUUGCAUCGGAGAAGAAUCGCGAGUUUGGUUCGGUUUCUCUUAGAAUAAGAAAAAAAAAUUGUACUGCUUAUAUUUGGUUUCUUUUUUAGUGAAUAUCUGGCCUAUUUUUUUGGACGGCCAAUAAAUAAGUUCAUUACAGUAUUUUUUUUUUUUUUUUGUGUUCAUUAUUAUUAUUAUUAUUAUUAAGUGGAAAAGAAAGGAAAAAAAUGGCUGUUUAUUACAAGUUUAAGAGUGCAAGAGAUUUUGAUUCAAUUUCCAUGGAUGGUCCGUUUAUAAGCGUUGGUACUUUGAAAGAAAAAAUAUUUGAAUCAAAGCACUUGGGCAGGGGUACGGACUUCGACCUCAUUGUUACUAAUGCCCAAACUAAUGAAGAAUAUCUUGAUGAAGCAAUGUUAAUCCCAAAAAAUACUUCUGUAUUAAUUUGCCGGGUUCCUGGAAGGCCUCGCAUUCCCAUUGUUGCUGCUCAAGAGCCUAAGGUGGAAAAUCAGACUGAAAAUGCACAACCAGAAAAGACUGAUUUCCUGGAUGCUGAUUCAUCUGUCCCAAGAUAUCCUGAAGAUUCCGAAUGGGAUGAAUUUGGGAAUGAUUUAUAUUCAAUCCCUGAAACACUGCCACUGCAUUCAAGCAAUCCACUUCCUGAUGCUCCCCCUACUAACAAAGCUGACGAGGACACCAAGAUUAAGGCUUUAAUUGAUACUCCUGCCUUGGACUGGCAGCGCCAAGGUGCGGAUGGUUUUGGACCUGGUAGAGGCUUUGGAAGGGGUAUGGGUGGAAGGAUGGGAGGGCGUGGUUUUGGUCGAUUAGGAUUGGAGCGCAAAACACCUCCUCAGGGUUAUGUUUGUCACCGCUGUAAGGUGCCUGGGCAUUUUAUUCAGCAUUGCCCCACAAACGGCGAUCCAAACUAUGAUAUUAAAAGGGUGAAGCCUCCAACUGGCAUUCCAAAGUCGAUGCUAAUGACUACUCCAGAUGGCUCUUAUGCAUUGCCAAGUGGAGCAGUUGCAGUUCUGAAGCCCAAUGAGGCUGCUUUUGAGAAAGAAAUUGAGGGCUUACCUUCCACUCGUUCUGUUGGUGACCUUCCACCUGAACUCCAUUGCCCAUUGUGCAAGGAAGUGAUGAAAGAUGCUGUUCUAACUAGCAAAUGUUGUUUUAAGAGUUUUUGUGAUAAAUGUAUAAGGGACCACAUUAUCUCAAACUCAAUGUGCAUAUGUGGAGCGACAAACAUACUCGCCGAUGAUCUUCUGCCAAAUAAGACCCUAAGAGAUACAAUUAAUCGUAUUUUGGAGUCUGGUAACAGCAGUGUUGACAAUGCUGGAAGCACUUUUCAAGUUCAAGAUAUGGAAUCUGCUCGAUGUCCACAGCCAAAAAUUCCAUCUCCUACUACAUCUUCUGCAUCUAAGGGAGAGCAGAAGCCAGUAUCUGCUAAGGAAGAAAGUCCUGAUGUGAAGGAUAAAGCUAAUGAAGUGAAGGUAGCUAUUCCCCCACGACAAGUCUUGGAGAAAGUCAAGAUUGCUAAACCAGUUGAUGCAUGUGCGGCUACAUUGGAGUCAAUGAGUGUGAAAGAAACCGCAUCACAAGGGAGUGCCCCACUUGCAGAGGAACAAGUGCAACAGAAGGUGGCUUCUGGAGAGGCAGGAAAGAAAAAGAAAAAGACGGUUCGUUUGCCAGCAAAUGACUUGCAGUGGAAAACCCCUCAGGAUCUUCCAGCUGACAACUAUAUGAUGUCUAUGGGUCCCUUGGCCUGUAAUCCUUACUGGACUGGUAUGCAGCCUGGGAUGGAUGGGUUUUUGGGACCUUAUGCUAGUGUGAUGCCCUAUGUAGGGGGCUAUGGACUAGGUCCAUUGGAUAUGCCAUUUGGAGGUGUCAUGCCUCUAGAUCCUUUCGGUGCUCAAGGUUACAUGUUUCCUCCUGUCCCACCUCAGAGCGAUCUUGCUGUUUUUGGAAUGGGUAUGAAUGUUGUCCCACCUACCAUGAGCAGAGAGGAAUUUGAGGCUCGGCAAGCUGAUUUGAGGAGGAAGUGUGAAAAUGAGAGACGAGGUGAAAGGGAGUUCUCUAGAAAUUGGGAAUUUGGUAGAGAAGUGGGCAGCAGUGGUAAUGUUUCAUCACUGAAGUCAAAAUCUAAGCCUAUCCCACAAUUCGCUGGUGGUGAGCAUCGCCAUGAACAUCUUCGGCACCGAUCAGAGAGGACCUCACCAGGCCGCACCUUAUGGGAUCAUGAAGCACCUCCUUCAAAGAGAAAAGCUGACCAGCAUUAUGAACGAGAUCAUGACUAUGAUGAUCGUGACCGUGACCGCCAUCAUCAUCACCAUCGAUUUGAGUCUUCCAAGCUUGCCUCUGAAACUGUCACCAAGGUUGCUUCACCGACUACUGCAGCGGCAAUGGAUAAGAAGCAAAAGGCUAGCGUCUUUUCCCGCGUUAGCUUUCCAGAAGAACUCAGCAAGAAACGCAAGCUCUCUUCUGAUGCACCUGCAUCUUCUGGACAUCACAAGCCGUCUACCAAUGGAUACAAUGAUGACUACAAGACUACUUCAGCAGCUCGGAAAGCAGUUUCUGCUACUAGUGCGGGUAGUAGGAAGAGAAUUAGUAGCAAUGCUGUAGAUUACGAGUGUAGUGAUGAUGAUAGACAUUUCAAAAGGAAGCCCUCAAGGUACGAGUCAUCGUCACCAUCUCCAUCAGCCGAGUGGGCAGAAGAACCGCGGCACUCGAGAAGAUCCAGGGAACAAGAGCGUAGCGGCUAUAUUAAACAUAGAUAGUGCAUAAAAGAGGCUAUAUCGUUGCUUGCUGCAGCGGCAUAUCCUCUCGACGAGUUAUCGCAUACUGUUGCACAAUUAUGCACAAUUGUGCACAAUUAUACGCCUGAUGUGAGUAAUUAUAUGGAGAGAGGAUACAAAAAUUUUUUUACUUUGUAUUUUUAAUAAUAAUU